AUGAUCAGAAGCAUUUUUUUGAAUUGCAAAGAUGGGUAAGUUAUUUCUGGUAUCUUUUAUUAAAUACGAAUUAUCACGUCUAUGCUAAUUUACACGAAAAUUAUUUAAAAUCAAUUUUAGGUUGAUUCAAAAGCAGAUGGCCAUUCUUCUAGGACGUCACCAGAUCUUCUUGGAGCUCGAGGGAAAACCUAACGGUGAAGUUUUGGCUCCUCUGAACGCCAACACUCACUUGUGCCAAUAUUUUCAUUCUUUGGCUAGAGAGUUGGACAUUAUGGAGCCAAAAACACCUGAAGGCAUCUACAAGUCUCAUUUGGAGCAAACAAGACCGUUCUCAUCGUCUUCCAGCUCCGACAGUAACCGAUUGAACUUGGCAGCUUCUUUUGUCAAUGGGUUCGUUAACAGUGGCUUUGGCGUAGAUAAGAUGUUGGCUGAGACUGAAUCUGCUAACAGGUGGUUCUGUAAGAAUAGAGAAUACGGUACUUUGUCAGCUGCUGCCAGCCAAGGUUUGAUCUACCGCUGGGACAUCGACAAGGGAUUGACCCAAUGCGAUCGCUUUUUGUAUGUCAAUGACGACUAUAUCAGAGUAAGUUUUGUUAUUUAACUUGUUUUUACUUUAACAUUUAGGUUUUGUGUGCAAAUAUUUAAUUUUUAUAUUUUAGGCUGGUACUCUUCUUGCUAUUGGUAUCAUUUCAUCUGGAGUGCAAGAUCCUUGUGAUCCCGCUUCAGCUUUGUUGAUGGACCAUGUUCACAGCGAAAGAAUCCCAAUGAGAAUUGGUUCGGUACUGGGUCUUGGAUUGGCUUACGCCAAUUCAAAGAGAGAAGCUGUUGUGAAGGAAGAGGAAGGUGGAGUUAUCUUCGAGUUGAAGAAGGUUCUGGGUGAUUCGAAACCAUCAGCUACAAGCGAAGUCAAGGGAUUGGCUGGACUUUCUCUUGGAUUCAUUUUGGUAGGAACUGGAGAUCAUACUGUAGCCAUGGAGAUGCUGCAAAUUUUGAUGGAACGCUCAGAAGCCGAGCUCAACGAACCUAACAUGAGAUUCUUGGCCUUGGGUAUUGCCUUGAUCUUUUUGGGAACUCAAGAGAAGAGCGAGGUCUUCGUCGAGAGUUUGAGGUCGUUGCCAGAACCUUUCGGCAGUAUGGUGUCAACUUUGGUCGAUGUUUGUGCUUAUGCUGGUACUGGAAAUGUACUUAAGAUUCAGAAGCUGCUUCACAUUUGUUCCGAACAUUACGAAACAGCCGAACCCAAGAAGAAGGUAUGUUAAUGAUACUCGGCAUUUUAUUUAAAUGUACUUUAUGAGCUGUCAUUGAGUUACAAGAUGAUUUUCUACUAUUAGAAUAUUGAUUGAUUUAGGACAAACGCAGUGACAAGGACGACAAGAAGAAGGAAGAAAAGAAACCAGAAAAGCCAGAUCUGUCGUCUCAACAAGCUGUUGCUGUUCUAGGUAUUGGCCUGAUUGCGAUGGGAGAAGACGUUGGAAGUCAGAUGAGUCUUCGAGUGUUUGGCCACUUGAUCAGGUACGGAGAACCUGUCAUCAGAAGAGCUGUUCCAUUGGCUUUGGCCUUGAGCAGUGUCUCGAACCCUCAAUUGAACAUCCUGGAGACACUGAGCAAGUUCAGUCACGAUGCUGAUGCUGACACGGCUCACAACGCCAUCUUCGCCUUAGGGUUGGUCGGUGCUGGUACUAACAACGCUCGGUUGGUAGCUAUGUUGAGGCAGCUGGCUUCUUACCAUCACAAAGACCAAACCUCACUUAUGUUGGUCAGAUUGGCUCAGGGAAUGACACACAUGGGUAAAGGUACCAUGACUCUGAAUCCCUUUCACAGUGACCGUCAACUGAUGUGCCCAGCUGCUGUAGCUUCCCUCUUCUCCGUCUGUUUCGCUUUCUUGGAUGCCAGCAACAGUAAGCUUUAUACUUGAAGUUAACCGAUUUUGGUAGUACUUAUAGUUGAAAAGAAAUAAUUAAACAAUAUAUAAUUUUGUUACCUUUUAGGUGUGUUAAACAACCGACAACAUUACCUUUUGUUCAACCUCGUACUGUCAAUGCAACCUCGUUUGUUGAUCACAUUGGUUGAAGACGAAACUGACCCCAACAAGUUGAAGCAGGUCAAUGUGUCCGUCCGAGUUGGUCAAGCCGUUGAUGUCGUUGCUCAAGCUGGUAAACCUAAAACAAUCACAGGAUUCCAAACUCACACGACCCCUGUAUUACUAGCUUAUGGUGAACGUGCGGAAUUGGCUAACGAUGAAUGUAAGUUUGUAACUAUGAAAUACCAACUUAAAAUGUUACUUUAAUAUUUUUAAAUUUGGAUUGAAAAGAUUUUAAUUUCCAUUUUUUAGACAUUGCUCUAACCCCGUACUUGGAAGGACUGGUAAUACUCAAGAAGAACCCUGACUCAGAAGUGAACAAGCCACAAAAAGCGAAAUGA